GCGCUCAGUUCGGUAGCAGUCCUGGCCGGAAGCGGAAGCACCGGUUAGCGGCAGUAGUAGAAGACAGCGGUGGCGUAGGCGGGAGAUCUGUACUCGGCGGGCGCGGGGAAAGAUGUCUGCAGCAUGCAGCUCUCUUGCUCUCCACACUGGGCAGAAGAUGCCUCUCAUAGGACUGGGAACGUGGAAAAGUGAACCUGGCCAAGUGAAAGCAGCAGUGAAGUACGCCCUUAGUGCAGGUUAUCGCCACAUCGAUUGUGCAGCAGCUUACUGCAAUGAAGGGGAGAUUGGUGAAGCUCUCCAGGAAUGCCUUGGGCCCGACAAGGCUAUUAAAAGAGAGGACCUGUUUGUAACAUCAAAGCUCUGGAAUACCAAGCACCACCCAGAUGAUGUAGAGCCAGCAUUAAGGAAAACACUUAGUGAUUUGAAACUGGAUUACCUGGAUCUGUACCUCAUGCACUGGCCUCAGGCUUUUGAACGAGGGGACAACAUCUUCCCCAAGAAUCCUGAUAACACGAUGCGUUACGAUUACACUGACUACAAGGACACCUGGAAGGCUAUGGAGAAGCUGGUAGGGAAAGGUCUGGUGAAAGCCAUUGGGCUGUCAAACUUCAACAGUCGUCAGAUUGAUGAUGUACUCAGUGUGGCUACUGUGAAACCAGCUGUGCUGCAGGUAGAAUGCCACCCUUACCUAGCUCAGAAUGAGCUGAUAGCUCACUGCCAGAAGAGAGGCUUGGUUGUCACUGCCUACAGUCCCCUUGGCUCUCCAGACCGCACGUGGAAACACCCAGAUGAGCCUGUGCUUCUAGAAGAGCCUGGCAUCAAAAAGCUGGCAGAGAAAUACAGCAAGUCACCUGCACAGAUCAUCCUCAGAUGGCAAGUGCAGCGUAAAGUGGUUGCCAUUCCCAAGAGCGUCACUCCGGCUCGCAUUCAGCAGAAUAUCCAGGUGUUUGAUUUCAGCCUCACAGAAGAGGAGAUGAACCACAUUGGAAGCCUGAAUAAAAACUGGCGUUACAUUGUGCCAAUGAUUACGGUGAAUGGAAAGCUAGUGCCAAGAGAUGCUGGACAUCCCCAUUACCCCUUCAACGAUCCUUAUUAACAACGGGAAAAAUGAAGCGCCAGAGGAACGUGCUCCUCUGCAUGCCCCUCCACAAAAUAAUUGUUGCUAAAUUUGCCUAAAUGCCUAUCCAGAAGAAUCCUUCUUUCCUGAGUGUAUUUUCUUCCUAUACACUGCUCUAAUUGACCUCCUCUACAGAGAUACUGGAGCUUCCGUGCCACAGUUUGUUGAUUUAUCACAAUGACUGCAGGCUUGCUCCUGGAAGCAUCAAAUCUUUUGGGGGAUUAGAGAGAGUGGGUGAGUCUAAAUCAGGUUUUAGUUAUUAGCUGGGAGGGGGAGGAGGGGAGAGGUGAAGGCAUGAAAGCAUUUUUGAGAUUAAACUGCUCAGCCUUCAACUUUGAUACCUCUAAGCUGCUUUUUGUUUUGGUUUGGGUUUUUUUAUAUGGAGAAUAAAGUGAAGUGUGCUAUAGUUGCACUGUGUCCAUAAACUAUUGAUUAAAACCCAAGCAACCAGCCAUGCCCAGUGGUUUCUUUCUCCACUUUAGAACACUUGUGGGACUUAGUAUCCUUUUUUUUUUAUUUUCCUUCUUAAUUUGCCUGUAGAUUGAUGCCCCAGAGCAGACCUUCAGGAUGGUCUGCCGUUGCCUGUGGUGGAU